AUGACCGACCUUCAGAAUACACUGGCGAAACGAUUCAAGGAUUUGCAUAAGCCCGGCGAUCCAGUCAUCCUAGCAAAUGUAUACGAUGGAGCCUCAGCAAAGCUAAUCGCCUCAUUGCCACAAUCCAAGGCAAUUGCGACCGCAAGUUUCGCCGUCGCAGAGGCUGCGGGCAUGAGUGACGAUACGCUCAGUAGAGAGGAACUCCUACGCGCGGCCAGGAACAUUGCAACCUCGAUUCACCCCUUUGGUAAACCUUUGACAGUCGAUGCACGGGAUGGCUAUGGAGAACAGCUUGCUUCAACAGUUAAAGAAUUAAUCGAAAUCGGGGUCGUCGGUAUCAACCUGGAGGACUUUGAUAACGACGCCAAGAAAUUGUACACACAAUCAGAGGCUGUGGAUCGAAUCAAACAGGCACUCCAAGCUGCGGCAGAGUCCGGAGUCCCGGAAUUUGUUAUCAAUGCUCGCUGCGAUGCAUUGCUUCAUGAUGGGAGCCUCGACGAGGUCAUCGCUCGCGGUCGGGCCUAUCUGGCCGCCGGUGCCACAACCGUGUUUGUUUGGGGCGGUAGGCCUCGAGGUAUCACUCGGGAUGAAGUGGUGAAACUUGUUGAGGCAUUUGAUGGUCGAUUGAAUGUAUCUAAGACUAAAGAUGGGCUUACACCGGCAACGUUAGCAAAGAUCGGUGUUGCAAGAAUCAGUAUCGGGCCUGGGCUUCAGCGGGCGGCAUUGGAGAAGAUGAAGGAGAUGGCCGAAGAGCUCUUCGUAUCUUGA